CUAUCGGCGAUAACUUUGAUCGGACGUGUUUUGCAAAGUAGAUGCAAGAAAUUGGGCAAAAAUAGUGCAAUGAUUAACGUUUAAAUGCGUUAAUUGGAGUUGCAAACAACAACAACAACAUCAACAGCAUUAAUAUGCCGGUCAAGUUAAUGUAAUUGAUUUUCAAGCAGCGCAGCAACAACAAAAACAAAUCCCUCACAAAUACACACGUAAAUAUUCAUAUACCCAAGUACAAAGGACGCGAAAGGAAAAAGGAAAAACAAACACAAAGGGAAAAAAGAAAGGAGAGAGCAGCUUUUCCAGAAAUUGGGUCAUUUGUUGUUGUUGCUGGUGAUUUUCCUUUUGCUUUUCAUAUUUUGUUGUGCUGUGGGUGCAUUUGUUGUUGUUGCUGCUGGUGGUUGUUGUUGUUGCUGACAGCUUAAAUGUUAUGGCAACACUGUCAAAUUGCAUUUUUGUGGAGUGAGGAGUGGAAAGCGAAAGGAUAAUAACAAUUCGAAUUGGGAAAUCGGAAGGAAGCCUUAUAUAUCCACCAGAAAGUCCUGGCACAAUUUAUGGCAACUCUACGCUUGUGUGUUUGUGUGGAGUGAGCCAGCGAAUUAGCUUUAAGGCAAAGGAUACCACUGCUACAGCCAGUCAGGAGCCUUAAUCUCCACCAGAAACUGUUCAGCUUCAGAAACCAAUUCCCAGAACAGAGUCCCCCCCCUGAAAAUGAGCGUGGUGGGCAAGCAACUGAAUCCCGUGCAAUCCUCCAAUGCGGCAGCCGUGGCUACAUCCUCCUCUACAGCCGGCGGAGGAUCCUCUUCAUCCAGCAGUGGAGUGGAGGCCAACGGUGGCAGUGGCGGAUCAGCGGGAGCAGCCGCAUCGGGAGGCUUAGGCGCCUCCAACGAUUCCAAACGAUCGGCGGAGCCAUCCAGCGUGAGUCCCGACGAGGUGCUCCAUCUGACCAAGAUCACGGACGACUAUCUCUGCUCCGCCAAUGCAAAUGUGUUCGAGAUUGACUUUACGCGGUUCAAGAUCCGCGACCUGGAGAGCGGAGCCGUCCUCUUCGAGAUCGCCAAGCCGCCGAGCGAGCAAUAUCCGGACGGAUUGUCCGUGGAGGAGACCAUGCUGGCGGCAGCCGAGGAACUGUCGCUGGAGGACACUGCCGAUCCAAAUGCCGGGCGCUAUGUGCGCUAUCAGUUCACACCGGCAUUUCUCAACCUCAAAACUGUGGGUGCCACUGUGGAGUUCACCGUGGGCAGCCAGCCUGUCAAUAAUUUUCGCAUGAUCGAGCGCCACUUCUUCCGCGAUCGCCUGCUUAAGACCUUCGACUUUGAGUUUGGCUACUGCAUUCCAUAUUCGAAGAACACGUGCGAGCACAUCUACGAGUUUCCUAAUCUUCCACCCGACCUAGUGGCUGAGAUGAUAUCGAGCCCCUUUGAGACGCGCUCGGACAGCUUUUACUUUGUGGAAAACCGACUAGUCAUGCACAACAAAGCCGACUACGCCUACGAUGGCGGCAUAAUAGUCUAGAAACGCAACUAAGCAGUCUUUAAAUGGAAGUGAAAUGGAACUACAACUAGAGCAAACUAAUAACUAAAAAAACUAAAAAACUACAAAUGCUGUGAGACAAAAUCAAUGACUUGUCACACACACACACACACACACAAAACACUGCAACACCCACACUCACAAUCCCACAAACACCACACAUCGAAUCGAGGAAUAUUAUCACAGCCAUUUUAGCCUUAGCACAAGAGUUUUACCCACCAUUCCUGUUUGAUGUAUUUAGCAAGGAUAAUGACUCCUGUACACACACACACACACAAACACAAACGAAAAAACAAAAACAAAGAAACAAACAAACAAACAACACACACUGAAGCACGCGGAAUGUGUUCAUUUAUCAAUGAUUUAAACUUCGACUAUAUAAUUUUAAGUGCAAUGUGAUUUCCCCUGAUUUAUAUCUGUAUUUAUACACAUUUAUUUAUUCCUAAUACGUAAGUACACUUACACACGCCCAACAAGGAACAUACAUACGUAUACACACACACACGAAACCAAAGAAAAACGAAUUGAAACAUUUUCGAUAAUUGGAAAACAAAAAAAAAACAAAAGAAAACAAACACUUGCUGUCAAUUUUUGUAUGCAGCAUACGAUCAUACAAGAUCGAUCAGCUUCUUCAUGGCAUUUUUUUCGUGUCUGUGUAUGUAUAUUUUUAAACAAAAACCAGAUGAAAAAAAAAACAAAACGGAUUAUAAUGAAAAUCUAAAAAUCUAAAGAAUCUAACGAUCACACGCCGAACAAGAAUGAUAAAUUAAAUUACAUUUUAAAUGUACAUACACCACUACAAA